UUCCCUCCUUCCCUCCUUCCCUCCCCGAAUUCUUUUAUUUUAUUUAUUUAAUUCUUCUCCUGUUCUAGGGUUUUGACCUCGAAAUCUGAGUUCGGAUCGAGGAAAUUUCUGCGCCCGCCACGAAGAGCUGCUGAUUUCUUCAACCUUCAAAUCGUCACAAAAGUUGUCUUCUUGGCCUUUCUCGGUUGGAAGACCGUUUAUCCUCAUUUUGAAGCCAAAUUUCGUCCAAGAAAGGCACCAGAUUCUCUGAAGGCACCAAAAGGUUGGACUUUUCCACCCCUUUCCAUGUACUUGAGGUUAUCGCUGCCAAAGUUGCUGAUUUAAACCGUGAAGAUAGGAUCUUGUGGGGCUUGAAAGUAGUGCUUUAAUCUAAUUUGUGGUAGAAUAGUGAGUGAGAGCUUAAGAUUCGAUUGCUUUAGCAUAAGAAAUCUCUAAUGGAGGAAGCAUUAGAGAAGGAAAGCUGGCAGGAGAUGUUGAGAAGAAGAUUGCCCCCAGGGACCCCCAUCCCUGAGGCGCCGGCCAAUCUUGAUUACUCGAUCGCCUUAGAGUAUGAUGGACCGCCAGUAUCCUAUGAGCUCCCGAGGGUCGACCCUGUCGAGCUGAACUCCUCGGCAAUCCCGACAGCGGAGCCAGUCGGAAGCUCCCAUAGGUCGGUAAACGGCACCGUGGUCCUCGUGGUUGAUCCUAUACCUUUGCCUGUCUCUCGGAUCGCCCGCUGCACUGAUCCGCACUCUCAAUGCCCCCAGGCAUCAGGGAGCUUGGAGUCCAUGGUGUCUGUCUUGCAGAACCAGGAGUUUUCCGAUGAUGGUUCGCAGUUGGAGUCUGCCGGCUCCACUCAUAGUGUUCCAACUAGACAGCCUAAGCAGCUGGCAAGUGAGGCAAAGAGAGUGUCUGUGGUCACAUUCGAAAAUGUUGAGAAAUCAGAAAGUAAGGAGAUUUAUGAGGAGGUAUCGGCUUCUCCUCAGUAUGUUGCGGUGUCCAGAAAGGAGAAGAGAAAAAGGGUGUGCUAUAGAUGUAGGAAGCGGAAGUGGGGGACUAAGGAGUCUUGCCUGGUUUGCGAUGCAAGAUAUUGCAGCUAUUGUGUGUUCAGAGCAAUGGGAUCAAUGCCAGAAGGGCGUAAAUGUGUCAGCUGCAUAGGCCAGCCAAUCGAUGAGUCGAAGCGGUCAAAAUUAGGAAAGGGUUCAAGGAUGUUGUCGCGGUUGCUCAGUCCCCUGGAAGUGAGGCAAAUCCUGAAAGCCGAGAGGGAAUGCCCGGCGAAUCAGCUCCUGCCGGAGCAGCUUAUUGUGAAUGGAUGUCCACUCCGGUCAGAUGAGAUGACAGAGUUGCUUAGUUGCCCAUUACCUCCUCGGAAUUUGAAGCCUGGGAGAUAUUGGUAUGACAAGGAAUCGGGCCUUUGGGGAAAGGAGGGAGAAAAACCAGACAGAAUCGUUAGCUCAAACUUAAACUUUGUAGGAAAGCUUCAGCCCAAGGCAAGCAAUGGCAAUACCCAAGUGUAUAUAAAUGGAAGGGAAGUUACAAAAGUUGAGUUGAGGGCGCUAAAGAUUGCAAAUGUGCAGUGCCCACGUGGUACACACUUCUGGGUCUAUGAAGAUGGCCGAUAUGAGGAGGAAGGCCAAAAUAAUAUCAAAGGACAAAUUUGGGGAUCGAAAUUAACACGACUAGCAUGUUCCUUGUUUUCACUGCCUGUGCCUCAUGCAACGUCAAAUGGACCUAAGGAUGAGGCUCCUUAUUCAGCCAGAACUGUUCCUAACUACUUGGAGCAGAAAAGAAUUCAGAAGCUUUUACUGCUUGGACCAGAGGGAUCUGGGACGAGCACUAUAUUUAAGCAGGCCAAAUUCUUGUAUGGAAAUAAGUUUACUCAAGAAGAACUAGACAGUAUUAAACUGAUGAUACAGAGUAAUAUGUACAAAUAUUUGAGCAUUUUGCUUGAAGGACGAGAAUGUUUUGAGGAAGAGGCUUUGUCUAAGUUGAAAGCAUCAGGCUCAUUUGAUGAAUGUCCAACAAAAGGUGAAAAUGAUGGUGAUGCAAGUGGGACAACUCAUUGUGUUUACUCCAUCAAUGGAAGGUUAAAGCAGUUCUCUGAUUGGCUUUUAGACAUCAUAGCAAUGGGAGAUUUAGAUGCUUUUUUCCCUGCUGCAACACGCGAGUAUGCUCCAUUGGUCGAUGAGAUGUGGAAGGAUCCUGCCAUCCAGGAGACAUAUAAGAGAAGAAAUGAGCUUCAUUUUCUUCCAGAGGUUGCUGAGUACUUCCUAAGCAGGGCAAUUGAGGUGUCAAGCAACGAAUAUGAGCCUUCAGAAAAGGAUAUAUUAUGUGCAGAAGGAGUAACCCAAGGGAAUGGGUUAGCCUUCAUUGAAUUCUCAUUGGAGGACCGUAGCCCAAUGUCAGAACCAUACAAUGACAAUCCUGAUGCUCACUCUCAAUCACUUACAAAAUACCAGUUGAUUAGGGUGAGUGCCAAGGGGAUGAAUGAGGGCUGCAAGUGGGUGGAAAUGUUUGAGGAUGUUCGUGUAGUAAUAUUCUGUUUGGCUCUCAGCGAUUACGACCAGUUAGGGACCCCUGUCAGUGGCAACAAUAAGCCCCUCCAGAAUAAGGUGAUGCAAAGCAAGGAGCUCUUCGAGGCCAUGGUCAGGCAACCAUGCUUCAACGACACCCUGUUUGUUCUUGUGCUCAACAAGUAUGACCUCUUCGAGGAGAAGAUAAAUCGUGUGCCACUAUCUGCGUGUGAGUGGUUCAACGACUUCUGCCCUGUGAGGACUCACCACAACCAGCAGUCAUUGGCUCACCAGGCUUACUACUAUAUUGCUAUGAAGUUCAAGGACCUCUAUUAUUCCCUCACCAAGCGAAAACUAUUCGUGUGGCAAGCACGGGCUCGGGACCGUCCAUCGGUGGAUGAAGCCUUUAAGUACAUAAGGGAGGUGCUUAAGUGGGAGGAUGAGAAGGAUGAAAACUACUAUCCAGAGGACUCAUUUUACAGCACCACCGAACUGAGCUCCUCACCUUUCAUCAGGCAGGAAUAAUAUACACGGAACUCCUAUAACUAGGGACUCCGGUGUGGGUUGAUUCUCUCAUGUAGACAUUCCUAAUAAAUGUAUAUUAUAGAAGUCCUACAGCUUCUUUGGUUUAUUUCGUGUAUUAUUCGAUUAAAUGUCCAAGGUGUCUAAUGAUGUGUUUAGUGACCUUAUGCUCCUGUAUGCCAAUCUUCGUGUUCAAUAAAUAUGGCAUUCUUGUUAA